AUGCGCACGUCGCGGGGGAAUGGCUUGGUGACGGGUGUGAAACGGGGCGCAAGGGGCGCAGUAAGAGCCACUCAUGACGGCUCCUCUGGCGAUCUGGCUCCAUUCUGGCACACAACAUCCACGUCAGCUCAUCGUCUCCGCUUCCGCCUUCCUCUCAGCUUCGGUCUCUUCCUCAUCAAUCUCUUCUUGCAUCGCGUCCAUCGCGCCAUCGCCUCUUCACCGCCUCCACCGCAUCUCACCACCACCCCAUCUUUCUUGGAAGUCCUCGCUCUCGACAACACUGCGAGUCACCAAGCAGACACUACCGCGACUAGUGAGGGGCUCGAAGUCAGUGUCAAACCCUUCGGUGGCGAUGCGGAGUCGCGCAGUGGUUCACCUAGGCCGAACCUGACCCCUGGCGUCAAGCGCAAAGCAGAUGACGACAUCGACCUCGACGAGUUCACAAGGACAAAGGCGCACCUCGUCAGCUUCCUCACGGGCGUCAUCUCGGCAUUGGACGAGACCAGCUUCGACGAUGCUGACGCCAAGGCCCCUCACCGUCCCUUGGCAACUCCUCACCGGUCGUCUGAGCCCCAGCAUGAACACGGCGAUAUCUUCGCGGGCGUCAACUCUUCUCCCAAGCAGCAGAGCCGGCCCGCCUCGGCCAUCAACAUCAACAUCGGCAGUUUAGGGGGUAGCACCAAACAAACUGCCAGCGAGAAGGUCACGAGCUCGCUCACCGCUCUCCGAACCCGUCUUAACGCAAUUCAGGACGAAGUUGACGUCCGCAAGGCGACCACAAAUAUGGUUAAGCUCAAGAGCAGCGUACUCAGCAGCCGCGUGAAGAACCUCACCGGUCGGCCCACUGAUGUCGAGGUGUACGCCUCCGUGCUCUCGGGGUAUGAGGCGCGCCUUCAAGAGCUGCUAUUCGACCAUAGCCUACUUUCGCACGAGAUCAACGCUGCGAAGACCGAGCUGCAUGGGCUUCACACCGCGAUGGCGCAGUGUGAGCGCGAGACCAGCGACCACCGCAGCGACAAGGCGUACCUGAAGGAGCUGCUCGACAUGCGGACGGACCAACUGCGCGCCCAGGGUCGCGUCAUUUCGGAGCGUGACGAGCAGCUAAGAGCGAUGAGGAAGGAGCAUGAGAGGGAGGUGUGGAAGUUGAAGGAGCGUCACGCGGCUGAGCUCAACGGAUACAAGAAGGGGCAGGCAACGCUGCAGAGGAAGCUCUGGGAGAAGGAGAACCCCGGCAAGACUCUUCCCCAUGGUUUCUUGCAGAACCGUUUUGUCACCAAGUGA